GGCAAUUAAACGAUGUUCUCUGUGAGUAACUUCUGUGCCUUUGUUGUGCUAUUUACUCUCCCCUAUGAAACUCUAUCGUGCGACUGUGCUAUCUUCUCCCGCAAUUGGUACAUUGUUUCUCACUUUAAUAAUUUUACUGAGAAUUGUUGGUGAAUAUCAAUCAAGGCUGUCGGAAUCUAUUAAUACAGAAAAAAAGCCAUUGCUUUUGUGGUUUCAUAAGACCCUAGACUGCGGUCAAUACAGCUGUUCAUUUAAGUGCAAAAAUCUCAUCUUUAGCACAAUGCAAUUUCUGGCUUGAGAGGUGAAAAUUACCGGGAGUCUCUGGGAUACUUUCGCCGCUGAAGAAUGUGAAGUGGAAUUUCUGGAGAUUUGUGGAACUGUGAAAGCAAACUGACCAAGAUGUUUCGUGUUAAUCUGCAACUCUUACCCGUCAAAGCCCAUUACUUUUUCUUCAUGGCAGCAAUGGGACCAAUAUUGCCUCAAAUAAAUGUUAUCGGGAAGCAAAUGGGCAUACCACCGGACAUAAUGGGACUCAUCACAUCUAUCCUGCCCAUAAUGUAUGUUCUAGCGAAGCCUGCAGUUGGAUUUCUGGCGGAUUUCUUUACAAGCUUGCGGAAGGUGAUCUUCAUGGCAAUCAUCGCAAUGAUGACACUUUGCUAUGCAGGCUUCUAUCUCCUGCCUAUGCCAAAGGAAGUGGCUGGGAUACAUCACACCCUUUCCCUGAAUGCUUCACAAAUUCUUCCAUGCAAUUCUCCGGAAAAUAGCGAUUUCCGGUGGAUUUCUGUGCAAUGCUCAGCAAAUUGUUCCAAUGUCGUUGCACAAUUGGAGGGGAAUAUUAACUCGAGUGGGAGUGAUUUCUGUGCCCAUAAAGCAGUACCUGAAUCUCUAACGGGACUCUGUGUCCUGUCUUGCGAGGAGCAUUCGGAUCUAGCUCUGGACAAUCCCAGAGUUUUCUGGGCUUUUGUGUUGCUGAUGUGCCUGGGAACUAUUGCCUUUAAUGUGAUCAACAGCUUGAGUGAUGCUGUCUGUUUUGACGUUCUGGAAGAGAGUCAGGAGAUGAAGUAUGGUCAGCAGAGGGUUUGGGGUACUAUUGGCUUUGGGCUAACUGCUCUGAUUGGGGGAAUUGCCGUGGAUAUGGCCACUGAUGGGGUUGUAAAGAGUAUUGGACCAGCAAUAAUUGUGAUGAUCAUCUUCAGUGUUGUUGAUCUGUUUACGGUGACAAGGCUCAAGCUGCCAAAACUCUCUUCGGAAUCCAUCCUGAAGGACGUAAUGAAGGUUCUCAAACGUCCUGGUGUUGUAACUUUUCUGAUCUUUGCCACAAUCGCUGGCAUCAUUGAUUCUUUCAUCAUCUACUACAUGUUCUGGCAUCUGGAAGAAGUGGCUGCUGAAACUGGCUACGAAGCCUCCAUUAAGCUCAUCGAGGGUUGUGUGGUGGCAGCAGAAUGCCUUGGAGGGGAAAUUCUCUUCUUCCUGAUCUCUGGAAAAAUUCUCAAGAGGAUUGGAUUUGUCCACUGUCUCAGUCUGUGCUUCUUCACCUACUCUCUGAGGCUCGUUCUCAUCUCUGUGAUCCCCAAUCCUUGGUACCUUGUGCCCAUUGAACUUUUUAUGCAGGGAGCUACGUACGCUCUGUGUUACACCUGCAUCGUGGCUUAUGCUUCAGCCAUAGCGCCCCCAGGGACAUCCUCCACGAUCCAAGGACUCGUGGCUGGAAUGGAUGAUGGCCUGGGAUUUGCCAUUGGAAGUCUGAUUGGGGGACAGAUGUACAAGAGAUUGGGAGGGGCUGUGAGUUUCCGGGUGUUUGCAGCAGGGGCUCUUGUCACCUGCAUUGCCCAUAUUAUCCUAAGACCGGCUACCAAGAGCCUCCCAUCGGACGCCAGGGAACAAUACGAGAUUCCACCGGAGCAAGAAAAAGUCGGAAAAUAACGAAAUACCGCCACGCGCCGCGGGUAAGUUUUAUUGAUAAUUUUAUUUGAAAAAAACUGAAAGAGGUUUUUUCCUGGUAAAGGAAAACGAUAAAGUGCAAAUGUGAAAAGAUGUUUUACGUAGAUUUUAUACUCAAUGAAAUUUGUGAGGAAUGUUUCUAGGAAAUAAAUCAGGAAGCAAUAUUUUGCGGAUUAAA